AUGCCGGCCCUCCUUUUGCCAUCGCUCCAGACAGCACCCACGACGUUUGCGCUCCCGACCAUGGACCACGUUCCAGCGCCCGCCAUCAUUACACCGAGCAAUGCUACCGUCCUCGGGUGGGAUGACUUUCUGUGUCCUUCCACGUGGCUGCACCAGACGCAAGCGAUCCAUCCCAACCAGCUCACGCACCCAGCGCUUCUGCGCCAGCUCGCAAAUCUUGAUAUGGCGAUCGUGUCGCUGCUCACGCAGGCGCGGACGCUGGGCCCAAUCUUUGUCGUUGCCGAAAACGUCAAUGCGAUGCAUGCGCUGUGCGUGGCGUUCCUCCCGCAGACACUGGCGCUGCUGUCGUCGUCGUCGUGCGUGUGUGUCAUGUCGGCAUCGGCCACAAUCCUCGACGACGUCUGUGUGGCGGCACUCCAAGUCUCGUCGAGUGUGUUUGCGCCGGCCAAGUCGCUCAUUGUCGCUGGCCAAGCGUGCUGGCGCCACGAGUGUGCGCGUAUGCGCGCGCCGGUUCUAAGAAAAGUCAUUGCGAGCGGCCACGCAACGCCGUCGGUCGACGAGGCCCGCGAGAGCAUCCAGCGGCUGAGUCGCGGCCUCUUGCAGGUCGUGGCCGCGCACACGACAGCACUCGACAUGACGCUCUAGACGCGCGGUCGGUUGAGUUGCUUUGUAUACUAUGCCUUGAUAUGUAAAUAAUUUAUCGUCGAUUUGAAAUGCC